CCCUAACCCCCCUACGAUCCCCUACGACCCCCAGGACCCUCUAUGACCCCCCUACGACCCUUAACGUACCCCACCCUCGCCCGCACCGCCUGUACCGUUGCACCGUUCCCGGUCCGGGUGGCGGUCUUCUGAUCUAAGACAAUGCCUGUUCGUCAUGGUACCGAACCCGACAGAAGAUCGCAUAACCUGCAUAUCUCCUCGUUGCUCGUUGGACUAGCCGUGCCCAGCAUCCAAUCACUAUCUCUACCUGUUCGUGCCCGAGGUCUUUCGGAUUUCCAGGGUAAGGUAUAUAAAUUACGUGGAAGUUCGGGCUAGGAUCCAUCUGGCUUAUUAUUUAGUCCAAUUAGUAAUAUUAUCAACCGCCUUUCUAGCCAACCCCUUAUCGUGAACUAGUCUUUGUUCCCUAGAUACCUAGCUUAUUUGAUAUCAGGUCAACUAGCUCGACGUCUACAAUAUAUAAAGCAAGCAUAGGAAUCAAAAGAAUUGGGAGAAGUAUUGCAAACAAGACUCUACGGACAUCAUGGCUGCCGAUAAAGUAUCUACUAUACCUCACCCUCUUCGACCUCUGUCGCCCGACGAGCUGUCCAAAGCUCGGGAUAUCGUCAUCAAGGCACAAGGUGGCGAUGGCGUCGCCUUCUUCUUUCGCUCGGCUAUCUUUAACGAGCCAAAGAGGGAAGACCUGACCGUCUUUCUCGCCGCCGAACAUGAAGGUCGGGUGCCUGAGAGUGUCCCGCCGAGAGAGGUCCAUCUGUUGUACGACGUUAUCAAAGAUGGCCAAGCUCAGCUUCAUGAGACGGUUGUCGACAUCGACGCUGGCACCAUCCCAAGCGUCAGGGCGCACGAAAUGCACUGCCAGACCAGUUUCACUGCGCAGGAGUUCGGCAAGUUCCAAGAAGCCUGCGUCUCCUCGGAGAUGUUCAAGGCAGCCUUGGAAGAGUUCACACUACCAGAGAAUUUCGUCAUCACAAUAGAUCCGUGGCCUUAUGGAGGCCCGGAUCCCGAUGAGGAGAUCCCUCGUACUAUGCAAGGUCUCGUCUACGCCCGAGACACAUCCAAUAAAAACAUCGACUCAAAUCAUUACGCUUACCCAUUACCCAUCAUUCCCAUCAUGGACGUUGCCACCAAGAAAUUGGUCAGAGUAGAUCGUCUCGCUACUGGAGGACGUGGUGACAGCCUAUACCCCGCUUCCCUAUCAGACAAGCCUAAGAAACUCUUCGAGCACAACAGCUCGGCAGAAUACGUGCCCGAGCUGUUGGACCGGCCGUUCCGCACCGAUAUGAAACCCAUCAACAUUACCCAGCCCGAGGGCGCCUCCUUCAAGGUCCACGCCGACAACCUGGUAGAGUGGCAAAAGUGGCGAUUCCGCGUCGGGUUCACGCUCCGCGAAGGCGCCGUGCUGCACGACGUGUGCUACGACAACCGCCCCAUCAUGUACCGACUGUCCUUCUCCGAGAUGACCGUCCCGUACGGCGACCCGCGCCCGCCGUUCCACCGCAAACAAGCCUUCGACUUCGGCGACGGCGGGAUCGGCCGCGCCGCCAACAACCUGAAGCUGGGAUGCGACUGCCUGGGCGCGAUCCACUACUUCGACUCGGUGAUGACGGACACGGAGGGCAAGCCGGAUUUAGCCAAGAACGUCGUCUGCCUGCACGAGCAGGACAACGGCAUCGGGUGGAAGCACACGAACUUCCGGACGAACCGCGCGGUGGUGACGCGCAUGCGCGAGCUGGUCGUGCAGUUCGUCGCGACGCUGGCGAACUACGAGUACGUGUUCGCGUACAAGCUGGACACGGCGGGCGGCAUCACGCUCGAGACGCGGGCGACGGGCAUCGUCAGCGUGGUGCCGAUCGACGAGGGCAAGACGUCGGCGUACGGCAACGUCGUGAACCCGGGCGUGCUCGCGCAGAACCACCAGCACAUCUUCGCCGUGCGCAUCGACCCGGCCGUCGACUCGUACGACGCCGCCACCGCCGUCGUGCUCGAGGAGAGCCACCCCGUCCCCAUGAACCCGGACACCAACCCGCACGGCAACGGCUACGAGAUCCGCCGCCGCCGCGUCGAGCGCGCCGGCUUCGAGGACGCUGAGCCCCGCCUUAACAGGGUUGUGCGCCUCGAGAACCCGGUCAAGAAGAAUGCUAUUAGUGGUAAGAAUGUGGGGUACAAGCUCGUGCCCAGCCCGACGCAGCUCCUCCUCGCCGACGAGAAUAGCGUGCAGGCGGCUCGCGCCCCCUUCGCGAGGCACCACCUCUGGUUCACGGGACACCGCGACGGCGAGCUCUGGGCCGCGGGAGAGUUCACGAACCAGGCGCACCGCGAGGUGGGCGGCGUCAAGACGAUGGUCGAGAGGGGGGAUUGGUUCGUCGAGCCCGAGGGCGAGAGCGAGGGGGUGAAUGGGACGGCGACGAACGGAGAGGCGCACGGAGAGGAGGAGGCGGAUAAGAAGGGCAAGAAGAGUACGCCUGUUGUCUGGAGCGUCUUCGGCCUUACACACAACCCGCGAGUUGAAGAUUGGCCUGUGAUGCCUGUCGAAAUCCACCAGCUCCACAUCCGCCCGGCUGAUUUCUUCACCAGCAACCCGGCGUUGGACAUCCCCAGCACGAGAAACGAGAGCAGCGUGCUGGUGCCCUGCUACGGCGAGAAGGUGGCUGAGAAUGGCGCGAACGGAACUACCCAAUCCAGCACCUGCUGCAGCAGCACGCCCAGUCUCCGCACCGACAGCACGGUGCAGCGCAACCCCGUAUCCCAUCUCCAGGGCACGGGUCCGGACAUCGACCCGAAGGACAUUCCUGUCAAGGAGAAGAGGCGACUCUCCGCGACGCUGUCGAACUUGCUUAAUUGGAAGAAAGAUUGAUUUGGUGUAUUGGAAAAUUUAUGGGUUGGAUCUUUGAUUAUCGGGUGGAUAAUGAUGAAAUUUUUUUAAGUCCGUGAUAGAGACUUUCUCGCAUGAGACCCCCCCAUUUUCAUGAGAUACGAAGACGACAGCAACAAAAGUAAACUGCGUUCACUUAUUAAUACACCUGACGAGACGAAGACCUUCGCUACAAUACAGGCUCUAGACUGGCCGUGCAUGGUUUAGGGAGAAUAGGUUCUCUAGGUCUAGGUAGUUUUCGAGCAUCAGGUAGACAGACAGGCAAAGACGGAGACGUCUCGGAUAAUGUAUGCAUGUUAUUGAUUCUAUCUAUCUACAUAUUGAUAGCCCGUGGGGUUCCAAGCGGUGGUUCGAAUAUUGCAUGUAUGUCUCAAGCCCCUGAAGAAGCAAAUGCGGAAGACGGUUAGAGAUGUUUGCGUUAUACAAGAGUACUAGUUUUUACCAGCCAAACAUUGCCAAUUGAAGCUCUAUAUCUGCAUUUAGAUGACAAAGUUUACAAAUGUAUGAUGUCUUAUGUCUAGUUCGUUUGUCGAAGUUGAAUAGGGGAAGAUUCUAUUUAGGUCGGAGUUAGAGUAUCUUCGUUUAGAAGCGACCGAUGAACUCACGGAAGGUGCCUAGCUCCGACUUAGGUAUUUUGCAUUGCACAUGCAGCUGCCCGUAGCGUAUAGAUGUACAUGAUAAAUCCAUCACACCCCG